UUUCCAGAUGCAGUGAAAGAGCUUACAUGGCCCUCCCACAAUCCAGCGUGGCCUAGAUCCUGGUAAUAGUGCAUGCCAUGGAUGAUAUUCCGAGAUACGACUCGUGAACGAUCGUGUGUAUCAUGUAUCCAUAUCUGUAUUCGUCCUCCGUGUUGCGCUCCACGUAAUUUUCAUCUAUCAUAGUCAUUGGAUAUCUGAUGAGGGAAGGGAUCCUUCCCAGGAUAUGGGACAAAUGGCCUUGCCUUGUCAGAUGCAGUUGGUUAUGGAAUCCUUGGUGCCAAGCAAUGGGAUCCUGAGACCGAGGAUCCAAAAGAGGGAAGAGUCAGGGUUGAAAGAGGAUGUGAGCGAAGAUGUGAAAGGAGAGGAAUGCAGUGGGAGUCAGUUGAUGAAGGUUUUGGAUGAUCAUCCUGUCUACCUAGAAACUUUCAUGAACACCCUGAGUCUCAUCCUUAAAGGGGAUGGUCCCUUACCCUUCAACUAUAGACGUUAUCUUGCCAUCAUGGCAUCAGCUCGACAUCAGAGCCUGGUCCUUGUGCGGAGUCAAAUGGCUGCGUUCUCAUCUGUGGGAGGCAAUCAGGAAUGGCUUUGUGGUCUCCAUGCAGCUCCAGGAAAACUCUGCUCAAUCUCGGAACUCAAUCGCAUCCUUGCCCAUCGACCUUGGAUCCUAUCCUCACAACACAUUCAGAAUCUGAUGAAAGGAAGUUGGUCGCUGUCCGAGGUGGUUCAUGCUAUUGUGAUAAUGCUCCAUUUCCAUGCUCUUUCUUCCCUCGUCCAUGGCACGGGCAUCGAACAACAUCUCAUAUCUCCUUCAUCUGCAGAUCCUAAUCCUCUACCUCCUCCUCCAAUUGGGGAAGAGAUGAAGGCAGCAGAGACAGAUACAUCUCUGAAGAAUCAGGUGGAGUACUUGAUGGAUGCCAUGAAGAGGCUUCAGAAAGAGGCUGCAGUUGCAGGGGAGGCUUCUCCUGAAGAGAGGGCUCUCAUCUUUGAAUCAUUGGAAGCUGGCAGUGCAGAAUUGUUGGUGCGGGAGCAGUUGUCCUGGACCAAGCCCAUGGAAGAUGUGGAUCGAUUUCUGGAUGCCCCUGACUUCUCCUAUGUUGAUUUCUCCCAUCGGAAUGAGCCCCAGCUUUAUCCCACCUUUCGUGUUCAGGAUUACUCAUGGGAGGAACAGGGAUUCAGCCUGAUGAGUCGACUGUAUUCAGAGAAGGCUAGUGGGCUGAUGGAUCUAAAACUGAAGACAGCUUAUGACCUUACCUAUUAUACCAUGGGCAACAAGAAGAAUGUGGACACCACCAUGUUCCGGCGUGCUGUCUGGCAUUACAUCCAUUGUCUCUAUGGCAUCAGGCAUGAUGACUACGAUUAUCAUGAGGUGAACCAGUUGCUGGAGAGAAGCCUGAAAUCAUUCAUAAAGAUGGCUUGCUGUUUCCCUGAACGACUUACAUCCCAUGACCUUACCCAAGUCAUGCCUGGCUUCCUCUAUUCAGAAAAAAUUCAUGUGAUGUUAAUGGUGAUGGAGGCUCGGAUUGAAGCUGGCCUUCUCUAUGCCCUCCGUGCCAUCAUGCAAUACAUGACAUGAGUAAACCCUCUUUCCCAUCUAACCUUUCUUUUUCUCCUCCUCUGAACCCUGACACACAUUUUCUCUCUGUUUAGCUAAAGUUAGAUGCACUUCUACCCUGCUGUGUGAUAUCUCCUCCUCUCUCCCAUCUUUGCUCCUAUUCCUUUUCAUUCCCCAAGUCAAGUGCAAGCCAGUACACUCUGCUUCCAGGCCAGUCCUGUCACUCUGAGAGCUUCGAGCUUUCUGCUUAUGUAUGUUAAUGAAACCCCACCUCCAAUAUGACAGACAUGACUGCCAAGUCUUUCAAUAUUUUUUUUUUUUUUUUAGAUUUGAGGAAAGGAUUUUUUUCCCUUUCUCGCUUAAGUCUGCAAUCAUGAUACAACUGUGCAGAGAGCAUGAGAUUUGGAGU